AUGAUCGUCAUAGUUAACGAGUCUAGCAUGACUUAUCAGCUUAUCGGACAAGCUCCUAGCUUCUCCGCAACUCAGAUUCCUGUCUUUUCCAACUCCGAGGGAAACCGAAUCGCUCAAUCCCCUACUCUACAAUGGAUUGCAGGAAAUAAAACAUACUCCAACCAAAACCACCACCCCAAAAUCAUUAUAAUGAGAGUCGCCCACCUCCAUCUUCCCAACACUACGCCUUUCGCGCGAGUGUCUAGUCUCCAACAAGCGCUCACAACCCGCUUCCUCGCACAUAAAAAGCUCGCCUCCCCAGCCUCAAUAUUAUCGCAAACAGACCUCAAGACCAAUCUCCCAGGGAAUGCACACCCGCCACCACCCGACCCAACUAUCAUAACAUUCACCCCCAACCCAGUCUACACCACAGGCCGCCGCGACCUUCCACCUUCCAACACCUGCCCAAACUCACCAACAAACCACCUCUCCCUCCCACCACCCCUCGAGCCGAUCCGCUCCAUCCUCACCCCCUCCGGCACCAAUGCCCCACUAGCAGAAUACCACCCCACCCUCCGCGGUGGUCAAACAACAUAUCACGGUCCGGGCCAAAUGGUCGCAUAUACAAUCCUCGACCUCCGCCGCCUAGGUCUCACACCGCGGUGCCACAUCCGUGUCCUCGAAAACAGCGUCAUCGACGUACUAAAGCGAUACGGUGUUAACGGAUUUACAACCGCCGACCCGGGCGUCUGGGUCCAGGAUCCCGCUUCAGCCGGCACAGCGAAGAAGAUCACAGCUGUAGGCGUGCAUCUGCGGAGAAAUAUUAGUAGCUUUGGGAUUGGUUUGAAUGUUACGGAGGAGCCGAUGUGGUUCUUUAAGCAGAUUGUUGCUUGUGGGUUGGAGGGGAAGGAGGCGACGAGUUUGGAGGGAGUUGGAGUUCAUGGGGUUGGAGUUGAUGAUGUUGCUAGUGAGUUUGUGGAAAGGUUUGUUGAGAGGGUCAAUCGAGAUUUUGCUUGUGGAGAGAAGAAUGGGGAGAAGAUCGAUGAGGUUUAUCAGGUUCAUGAGGAGGAUUUAUUGAGGUCUUUGUAG